CGUUUCUUAAAUAAAAUUAUGGAUAAUUUUCGCAUAAAUAGCAAAAAAGAAGCCGGAGAUAGAAAGAUUUUGCAAAACCAGCAGAGGCCCCUUCUUUUAAUAUUUCUUUUUCAGUUCUUUUUACCAUGACUUAUGAAUCCGUCUGCGAAGAGCUGGAUGGUUUAGCGCUAUCAUACCUUAAUAUACUCAACGAAUAUACACAUCAAUGGAAAGAUGCUGGGAAUGAGUUUCAGCAGGGAUUCCUUGACUUAGCACAUGCAAAGUAUACGAUGGGAGCAAGAACUAUUUCACAUUACUCAUACGAUGAGCGCAUGAAGGCUCUUUUACAAGUGUAGCUGAGAUUGAAGAUUCCAACGACAUUACGUUAAAACAUGUGUUACCACCUAUUAAGGUACCAGAUAACAAGAAUGAGGGAUUAAGAAAAAGACACGAACCAGCCAAGAAAAAGAACUCUGAGUGGGUUCAGACUGAAGAUAACAGUUUUUCAGAUAAUGAUGAUAUCGAGCUCGAUGAAAAAAAGAACAAGAAAAAGAUUAAAAAGAGUGGGGAUCCUUUACAUUGG